AUUGUCGUGACGUCAGUUCCCAAAAGACGUGAGCCAUGCAGCAUGAAGUCGGACUUGGUUUUCCUGCUGGAGAUGAAAGCAACGAGAGUGACGACGAAUGGGAUCUUGGAUAUUCCAAGCCACCUGAGAAUUCAAAUAUAUCUGUCCCUGAGCCAAAUGAAGACAGAGUGUCGACUUUUAAACGUGCCAUCAACACUGGAGAUGUGGAGCUGGUUGAGCAGUUACUGGACAAUGGUAUGGAUGUGGAGUCUCGUCUGGGGUUUGAAUGGACUCCGUUGAUGUGUGCUGUCCACGUUGCCAGUUAUGAGUUGGCAAAGUUAUUGCUGGACCGGGGAGCCAGUGCAAACUUCAGCAGAGAGCAGUACACGGUGCUAAUGGCAGCUUGCACUGCCUCUGCUGAAGAGGACAAGAUCGGCAAGUGUGUGGAACUGCUGCUGUCCAGGAACGCAGACCCGAACGCUUGUAACAAAUCUCAUAUGACCUCACUGAUGCUGGCUGCCAGGGACGGGUACAGUCAGGUGAUUAACCAGCUGGUUUCCCACGGAGCAGAGGUCAACACCCAGGAUGUGAACGGAUACACGGCUCUGACCAUGGCUGUGCAGUAUGGGAGAGAGGAGGCUGUGUUGAAGCUACUGCAGCUCGGAGCCAACAAAACCAUCAAGACCAAGGCUGGGAAGAGUGCAGCUGAGCUGGCCAAUACAUACAAACGGCCUCAGAUCGCCAGGAUCCUGGCUUCACCAGGGGAUCCCAGAGGGAACGGGGAAGUUCUGUCCAAGGGAGAGACACUCUUCAAGUUCUUCAAACAGAAUCCUGAGCUGCCCACAAACUCGAGUUAUGAAAAACUCUGUGAUAUUGAGCUUCUUCUGCAUGGCCUGAAUCUGGAAUACCUGUCAGAUGUUAUGCUUGAAAAUGACAUUACCUGGAGCUACCUGUCCACGAUGGAGAUAGAAGAUUUUGAAAAGAUUGGCAUUACAGACCCUGAGGACCAGAGGAAGGUCAUGUCUGCAGUGCAGGAGAUGCACUUGGACAGAGUGGACAUGGACACCUUCACCCACCUGGACAUCGACAGCAGCAGUGAGGAGCUGUACAACUUCCUGAUUAGCCUCAGGCAGCAGUGCUGCUACCUGACAGAGACAGUCCAGGACGUCAUCAACAAGUUCCCCAAGCAGGUCUCUGAGCUUGUCCUCACCUGGGACCCCAAGCAGGACUCCCAGUCUAUCUGUAACGAUCUGGUGACCCAAACCAUGAACCUGCAGAGGGAGGUCACCUGCCUGAGGAGCCUCCUGACCAAGAUGAACAGCUUCGAAGACCCCUGUCAGCUGCCCAGGCCCGGUUCCCACGGAAACUGGAAGAGAACAGCCUUUAAGAGCCUGGGGCUAUGCAUGCUGGGAGCUGGCCUUCUGUUGCUGCUCUCACAGGCCAAGAACCUCAAACUCAUCCCAUAG